UCCUCUAGUGGGCGCUGUCGGGCCCCUAUGUGUGAAGGAUGGGGAAGAACCCUGAGCCCAAUCCCGGGGCCCCCACCUCACUCCCUGAUACAUGAGGAAAUGGAUGAACAGAAGAUCCGAGAACUCAUCAACAAGAUGAUGGAGCUGCUGACUGGAGAGGUUCCUAUAAGGUGUCAGGACGUGGCGGUCUAUUUCUCCAUGGAGGAGUGGGAGUAUGUAGAAGGACACAAGGAUCAGUACAAGGAUCAGGUCAUGAUGGAGGAUCAGCAGCCCCUCACAUCACCAGUCAGAUCCAGUAAGAGAACAGCACCAGAGAGGUGUCCCCGUCCUCUUCUUCCACAGGAUGAUCAGGGUGAAGAUCCGAACAAUAUUAAUGCUCCAGACACAGAUGUGAGCGGUGAUGAACAGUAUAAGGAGGACAUUCCUACAGGGAAAGAUCUGAACAAUAUUAAUGCUACAGAGAUGAAGGAAGAAGAAGAGACAGAUGUGAGCAGUGAUGAGCAGUAUAAGGAGGACAAUCCUACAGAGAAAGAUCUUAUCUAUAUUAAUGCUACAGACAUAAAGGAAGAAGAAGAGACAGAUGUGAGCAGUGAUGAGCAGUAUAAGGAGGACAUUCCAACAGGAAAAGAUUUGAGCAAUAUUAAUGCUACAGAUAUGAAGGAAGAAGAGACAGAUGUGAGCAGUGAUGAGCAGUAUAAGGAGGACAUUCCAACAGGAAAAGAUCUGAACAAUAUUAAUGCUAGAGAUAUGAAGGAAGAAGAAGAGACAGAUGUAAGCGGUGAUGAGCAUUAUAAUGAGGACAUUCCUACAGGGAAAGAUCUGAACAAUGUUAAUGCUACAGACAUAAAGGAAGAAGAAGAGACAGAUGUGAGCGGUGAUGAGCAGUAUAAGGAGGACAUUCCUACAGAGAAAGAUUUGAUCCAUAUUAAUGCUACAGACAUAAAGGAAGAAGAAGAGACAGAUGUGAGCGGUGAUGAGCAGUAUAAGGAGGACAUUCCUACAGAGAAAGAUUUGAUCCAUAUUAAUGCUACAGACAUAAAGGAAGAAGAAGAGACAGAUGUGAGCAGUGAUGAGCAGUAUAAGGAGGACAUUCCUACAGGUAACCGCCCAGGUGAGUAGUAACCACUAAAUGCAGAGAUCAGUCACAGAUUCUGCUCAGUCACCGACUGUAAUAAUUUUUUAUGGAAUUUUUUUAAGUGGUACUCUGAUGGAAAACUAUUUUUUUUAAUC